AUGCGCCAACAACGUUCAGAGCCUCCUUGUGCCAUCUCGGACCAUUCCUUAGGCAAAUCUUGGAUCGCCUGCUUCUCUACCGCCCGCUCAUAUGACUCCCCGCCAUCGACAACCACGCUGCUCCAUACGACACAGCCACUACCUCUUUCCAAUGGACACUCUUCUCCGUUAGACAAUUCUACACUCACAAACGAUGACGCCCCGUACGAUAGCGAAUCCGACCUCUCCGAAGUAGCAGUCCCCGUCGUCGACGCGCCCUCACCGGCGACCUCGACGAAUCAACAAUCCGAGUUUGGCGCUCAAGAUAUCGAUGCUUCAGAACCUUCCUCACCGGAAGCCCAAGAUGCCUCCGAUGAUGCCGAUUUCGAUAUGGAGGAGGGACCUGCUCUUGCGGUGACCAAUGGCGGGCGAGCAGACCGCUCAACGUCUACCGAAUCAUCCCGUCGACCUGGUAAGCGGAAGGCAGAUCUUGAGGACCAGCAUAUCUUAGCGAAUCCAGAAUUAUAUGGGCUUCGGCGGAGUGGUCGUCCAGUUCAGCACCGACCUAUUAUACGACCGCUGACAGAUGCUUUUGUAGCAUCGAAACGCGAGACUCCAAUCCUACAAUCAGCAUCCCGCUCUGAAUCAGACAGUGAUACUUAUGGUGGGGCGCGAGCCCGAACGCUGACCAAGAAAAACCGACGCCGGCAGCUCGAGUCCAAUAACCUCGUUCCUGUGUACCAAGAGAAGAGAUGGAACAGCCGAAGGGCUGCACAAGUCACAGCCGGAGCAUAUCAGGAGAGCGAUGAUGAGCUGGAUGACGAAUCUGAAAUGAUGACCCCCAAUUACUGGGCCGCGGAUGCUGAAGAUACAACACCAUACAUUGACGUCGUACUGAAGCACCGGCUCAAGGAGGGUGUCGAUAUGACCAAAGAGGACCUAGGUCGCGAUGAUUUCGAAUAUUAUAUCAAAUGGCAAGGCAAAUCCCACUACCAUGCAACCUGGGAGACCACCACAUCCUUGACUGGCAUGCGGGGCUUUCGCCGCCUCGAAAAUUACUAUAGAAAGGUCGUGCUCGAAGAUAUAUACAUGUCCCGAGGUGCAAACAUACCUCCAGAGGAGAAAGAGAAGUGGAUGCUCGAUAAAGAGCGGGAUUCGGACGCGCUUCUUGAUUACACAAAAGUUGAGAGAGUUAUCGGCACCCGGAAUGGCGAAGAGGAGACCGAGUACUAUGUGAAGUGGAAAAGUCUCUACUACGAAAGCUGUACCUGGGAAGCUGCCUCUCUGGUCAGCGAAAUUGCCCAAGAUGCUAUUGAUGGCUUCCUGGAUCGCAGUUCGCGGACAUUGACAUCAAACAAGGAAGAAUCCAACCCGAACACUCGGGGUCCUCACGUGCCCAUUCGAGAGCAGCCGUCAUACAUCAUGAAUGGCCAAUUGCGAGACUUCCAGAUUACUGGCUUGAACUUUUUGGCUUAUAACUGGACUAAGAACAAGAAUGUCAUCUUAGCGGACGAAAUGGGCCUUGGAAAGACCGUUCAAACUGUGGCCUUCAUGAACUGGCUCCGCCAUGACAGAGGUCAGCAGGGGCCAUUUCUUGUUGUCGUCCCUCUCACAACUAUCCCCGCCUGGGCCGAUACCUUCGAUAACUGGGCGCCUGAUCUGAAUUAUGUCAUCUACAAUGGCAAGGAAGCAUCUCGGAGCAUCAUCCGCGAAUACGAACUUCUUGUUGAUGGUAAUGCCAAACGCCCAAGGUUCAAUGUCCUCCUGACUUCUUAUGAGUAUAUUCUCGUAGACGCUCUAUUCCUAGGACAGAUCAAAUGGCAAUUCAUGGCGGUGGACGAGGCUCACCGGUUGAAGAAUCGUGAAUCCCAGCUGUAUCAGAAGCUUCUUGAUUUCAAGGCCCCGAGUCGAUUACUGAUUACUGGUACACCUGUUCAGAACACUCUAGGAGAGCUAUCUGCUCUUAUGGACUUCCUCAUGCCUGGCGAACUCGACAUCGAAGAGGAUAUGGACCUAACUGAAGAUGCCGCUGGCGAGAAAAUUGCAGCCCUUACCAACAAGAUCCAGCCAUAUAUUCUGCGCCGAACGAAGCAGAAAGUCGAGAACGACUUGCCACCCAAGAGCGAGAAGAUCAUCCGAGUCGAGCUCUCUGAUGUUCAGCUAGAUUAUUAUAAGAAUAUCCUCACCAGAAAUUAUGCCGCUUUAAACGAAGGUUCCAAGGGCCAGAAGCAAUCGCUUCUCAAUAUCAUGAUGGAACUGAAGAAAGCCAGUAAUCAUCCAUAUAUGUUCCCAAAUGCCGAAGAUCGAAUUUUGAAAGGCAGCGAGAGACGGGAAGAUCAACUCAAAGGCCUCAUUGCCAGUAGUGGAAAGAUGAUGUUAUUGGAUCGACUCUUGACGAAGCUGAAAAGGGAUAAUCAUCGAGUCUUGAUAUUCAGUCAAAUGGUAAAAAUGCUUGACAUUCUAGGAGACUACCUCCAACUUCGUGGCUACCAAUUUCAACGCCUUGAUGGAACCAUUGCUGCUGGACCUCGUCGGAUAGCUAUUGAUCAUUUCAACGCCGACGGCAGCAACGACUUCUGUUUUCUACUCUCCACGCGUGCAGGCGGCCUCGGGAUCAAUCUAAUGACGGCAGAUACCGUCAUCAUUUUUGAUUCUGAUUGGAAUCCCCAAGCAGAUCUACAAGCAAUGGCUCGCGCGCAUCGAAUCGGCCAGAAGAAACCCGUCAGUAUAUAUAGAUUGGUGUCCAAGGAAACUGUGGAAGAAGAGGUUCUCGAACGUGCUCGCAACAAGCUCAUGCUUGAGUUUAUUACAAUCCAAAGAGGGGUUACAGAUAAAGAGAAGAAGGAACUUCGUGAGAAAGCGGUAAAAGCUGGCAAGAUCGAUGAUCCAAAGUCAUCUGAUGACAUAUCCAGGAUCCUCAAACGCCGAGGACAGAAGAUGUUCGAGCAAUCUGGUAAUCAGAGGAAGCUAGAAGAACUAGAUAUUGACUCGGUUCUUGAGAACGCCGAGGAGCACAAAACAGAAGUUCCCGAAGGCAUGACUGCUGAUGGUGGUGAAGAUUUCCUAAGGAGUUUCGAAUAUACUGAUGUCAAAAUUGACCUCGAAUGGGAUGACAUCAUUCCAAAAGAUCAGCUUGAGGGAAUCAAAGCGGAGGAAGAAAAGCGGGCACACGAUGAGUAUCUCAAGAAGAUUGUCGAGGAAAAUGCCCCUCGAAAAGCCACUCAAAAGAACACUGCUGAGUACGAGAGAGAGCAGCGCCUGGCAAAGAAGCGAGCACGGGACCAGGCAAAGCAAGACGAGCUAGAUGAGAAGAGAGAAGCGCAAGCCAAUCUUGCCGAUCCCAAGAGAGAGCUCAAUGAGAAAGAAGCUAGGAAUCUCUUCAGGGCCUUCCUUCGCUAUGGAUCUAUGGAAGAUCGCGGCGAAGAGCUUAUCAAGGAUGCUCGACUUGUUGGCCGGGACAUCGAUUUGCUACGGUCCACGAUACAAGCAAUCACAGACGAAAGCGACAAGCGACUCAAGGAUGAAAUAGCGAGAAUUGAAGCUAUGGAGCGCGAGACCAACAAGCCUCUCACAAAGAAAGAUAAGAAAGCUGUCCUUUUCGACUUCCUCGGUGUCAAGAGAUUGAACGCAGAGACUGUCAUGGAGCGUCCGGGUGAAAUGAGGAUGUUGAGGGACCUCAUCACCAGCUUAUCUGAUUACAAAAAUUUUCGUGUCCCCGACGCUUCCAAAGCCGCCCAUUACUCUUGCCCUUGGGGCGCUAGGGAGGAUGGCAUGCUACUUGUUGGCAUCCAUAGGCAUGGGUAUGGAGCGUGGGUCCAGAUUCGAGACGACCCAGAUCUCGGAUUGACAGAUAAAUUCUUCCUGGAAGAGCAUCGUGUUGAUAAGAAGGAGGAGCGCAAUAAGGGGGAAGAGAAGGUGGCCAAAGCUCCUGGGGCCGUUCACCUCGUCCGAAGAGCCGAUUAUCUACUCUCGGUCCUAAAAGCCAAGAACUCGGACAAUCAAGCGGCUAGACGUGCGGUAGAAAACCACCACCGCAACAAUAAGAAGCAGGACCGCGUUAAUGGGCACCGGCGCUCCGAAACUCGAGGGUCUAUCUCUGCCUCGCCGGCACCUCAGUCAAAGAAAAACUACCGGCAAGCCGAGAGCCGGGACCGGGAUCGGGACCGGGACCGUGAUCGCGCACAUAGCCACGGCCAUGGUCAUGGCGACAAGCGCGAUCUCAAGAGGAAACAUAGUGUUCCAGGCGAUGAUCGUCCCAACGACCGGUACUCAAAGCAUCGAAGACCUGAGAGCAGCCGUUCCAAGUCAAGUAAUGUUGAAGAUCCCAUGAUGCGCGAGGUAUUCAAACCGGUCAGAGAAAGCUUGAAAAAGAUGCAGCUAGCCACCAAAGACCGGAUCAACUCCCAGAAGGAGCGAGCCACUAUCCUGAAAGGCGAGCUUGUGACGCUUGGAAACUUUAUAAUGUCGGAACUUAAAAAACCGAUUCCGGGCGACGUGGACGCCCUCCGAAUUAGGUUCUGGGAGUACGUUUCCACAUUUUGGCCUGUAGUAGAUCCACGCCCAGGCGGAGGGCAGUUGCAAAGAAUGUACGAGAAGAUUAUGUUCCCAGAUGGCAAGCCAGGCGCGGCUGCUCCUGGGGCAAAAGCAAAAACCAACGGUGCCUCGGCGCCAUCGUCCGCAGGCAUCAAAAACCGAGGGUGA